AUGGAGAACAAACAAAACGACAAAAAAGACGAGGAAGACGUUAUGUAUAUUGACUUUGAUGUAAAAUUGCCGGCACGAGUAUAUAAAAAAGACAUCGUAAUAUCCGGUGGCGUAGAGAUUUGGGGUGCGAAAGCUACUCCGAUCGUUUGCCGAACAUCGAACGCAAAUCUUGUGAUUGAAGAGCAAAGAUUUGUGGCGCAUCGCGAUCGCGAAAANAUUUCUUUGCGCGAAGCAAUACGGAUAUCAACGCAAAUUGCACUGGAGGAUCAUCAAAUCACAAAAGUAAAAGCUAUCGAACUAGUGGAAGAUGCAGAUGAUAUUGCGAGCAAAGAAGAACUAGCAUUUUCAGCNAUACUUGAAGCUUGCGACAAUUUGCCGUUAGUAAAGGCAAAUGUUACACUAAUGACAUCGCCUACUCAAUUUAACGCAUUAGACUUGCCACCGACCGUAACAAUCGCAAAUUUAACAAAACAUGUGGACAAUAAAGUGUUAAUGAUUAUCGGAUUUAAUUUUUUGUCAAAACGGACUUUGUUAGAACGAAUUUUAUUAUUUCUCGAAGAAGGUGGCUUNGUGUUAUCACGUGAAAAAUACAAGGUAACCGAAGUAAACGAAUCGCAUUCUGUUUCUUGCGCAUUGACCGACAACGAUUAUCUACAACAAUAUGGAUUAAGUGUUAUUCUUGAAAAAUGUACUGAAAACGAAAUGAUCGUGCUUUUGAAGAAACGAGUUUUGAUCAAAGAAACAACUGUCGUUCAUGUUACCAAUGAUAACUUUAAAUGGCUAGAAAAAUUAAAAUUACUCAUAGACGAGAACAAAAUAUUCGAUCAGUACAAAAGAAUUGUACUCGUUAGCGAAGAUGAUUUCGAGUGCGGUUUAUUGGGAUUUGUUAAUUGUUUGAAAAAAGAGCCCGGUGGUGAGCUCGUAAGAAGUGUGUUUAUUCAAGACAAAACCGCUCCGAAAUUUUCUCCGCAAGAUCCCUUCUACGCGCAACAGUUGCAGAAAGAUAUGACAGUCAACGUUUUGCGAUCUAACAAAACUUGGGGUUCUUAUCGUUAUUUCUGCUUGCCGGCUCCGGAACCCGCACUUGUACCCUCUGCUUAUGUUUGUCAAACGAUUUGUGGUGAUCUCAGUACAUUUCGUUGGAUGGAGAAUGAUAUAUCAAUCAAUUCUCCGAAUCCUGAUAACUUAAUACGUGUAGUUUAUUCAUCCAUUAAUUUUAAAGAUGUAAUGCUAGCCACGGGAAAAUUAACUUUUGAAGGUAAUGAAAAUCGAUUUGAGAAUAUGAAUCUCGGACUGGAAUACGUAGGAUUCGAUGCCGAGGGACGACGAGUAAUGGGAAUGCGCGACAACAAAUGCAUCGCGAAUGUCGUUUUGAAGAGUGACUUGCAAUGGGUCAUACCAGAUACUUGGACGUUCGAAGAGGCGGCUACGGUUCCUUGCGCAUACAGCACGUCGUAUUACGCUUUAUACAUUAAAGGGAAAAUGAAAAAGGGCGAUAAAGUACUUAUACACUCUGGCUCCGGAGGCGUUGGACAGUCAGCAAUUUAUCUCGCCUUACAUGAGGGUUGCGAAGUAUUUACUACAGUAGGCACCGCUGAAAAGAAACGUUUUAUCCGAGAAACGUUUCCGGCUAUUCCCGAUGAUCAUAUCGGGAAUUCGCACGACACUAGUUUCGAGCAAAUGGUUAUGCGUCUGACAAACGGUCGCGGUGUUGACAUAGUGCUGAAUUCAUUGGCAGAAGAGAAACUUGUCGCAUCCGUUCGUUGUUUAGCGCGCAAAGGUCGUUUCUUGGAAAUCGGAAAAUUCGACCAUGUAUCAAACAAUCCUUUGGACCUGUCAUUAUUUAGAAAAGAAAUUUCUUUUUACGGUGUUUUUCUAGAUGCGAUGUUUGCGAGAAAACACAGAAACAAGGCCGAGUUAAUGAAAUUAAUGGAUGAUGGUCUCAAGAAUGGUAUUAUUAAACCUAUAAAAGCUAAAGUUUUUCAGCGAACAGAAAUCGAAGAGGCUUUUAGAUACAUGGCAAGUGGAAAGCACAGAGGAAAGAUAAUUUUGAAUAUUCAAGAGGCAGACAAAUGUGUAAACGCGCCGAUCAUCGCACAUCGUCGUUAUUAUUGUCAUAAAGAUAGAACUUAUAUCAUACUAGGCGGUCUAGGUGGCUUCGGAUUGGAACUGACCGAGUGGCUAAUAUCCCGAGGUGCAAAAAAUGUCAUGCUGAUUUCAAGAAGCGGCAUCAAAAAUGGUUAUCAACAGCUAAAGGUUUCGUUAUGGAGAUCCUACGGCGUAAACGUGACGAUCGUUAAAGAUUAUAAUAUCGCCAAUCCUAUAGAUUGCGAACAUCUUUUGCUACGUGCGGAGAAAGAAGCACCUGUGGAUGCUAUAUUUAAUCUCGCUGUUGUUUUAAAUGACAACAUUUUAAAAAAUCAGAUUACGGAGAGUUUCGUAGAAUCUUUCAGAACUAAAGCUUGGCCAACGCAAAUAUUGGAUAAACUGUCGAGAAAGAUCUGUCCUAAACUUCGACAUUUUGUUGUGUUCUCUUCGGUUUCCUGUGGCAGAGGAAGCGCUGGCCAAACUAAUUACGGAAUGACCAAUUCCGUGAUGGAAAGAAUAUGCGAAAACAGAGUGAGAGAAGGAUAUCACGGGUUGGCGAUACAAUGGGGAGCUGUUGGUGACGUGGGUCUCGUUGCUGACAGGCAGGAAAACGACAUGGAACUAGUUAGCAGCGGCACGUUGCAUCAAAGAAUAUAUUCCUGUAUUGAAGAAUUAGAAAAAUUUUUACUUCAGAAUCGUCCGAUUGUGAGCAGCAUGGUGGUAGCUGAGAAGAAAAAAAUAUCCGAAUGUUCCGAUAUGGUUCAUGUUGUUUCUUCUAUUAUGAAUAUACAAAACGUAAAGGGAAUAAGUCAGAAUACAUCUCUGGCCGAGCUUGGAAUAGACUCUCUGAUGGAAGUGGAAAUCAGACAAACUUUAGAACGCGAUUUUGAUGUGUAUCUCUCCCCAAAAGAGAUACGAACUCUCACUGUUGCAAAACUGUUUGAGAUGUCUGAUACAGAGGCCAAUAAUAAAUCUGAAAAAAAUGAGCGCAGUAAAAGCGAACAAAAUGUAGUACCUAUGUUUGGUAUUGUCAGAGACAAGGACUUUUUUUCUGAAAUUCUUAUGGACUUUUCGACUGAAAACAAAGACAAUUCUACUCAGGUUUUUCUUAUACCAGGAAUUGAUGGUUGUGGAACUGUCUUUAAUCAUUUAGAGUCGUAUAUUAAAUUUCCAACAACAUCUUUGCAUUAUAACACAUGUAUCAUUUCCAGUAGGAAUACUUUGUCAGAAAUGNUUGAGAUUCUUGAACAGGCUAUAUUAACAAGAUUACGAGACAAGAACGAUUUUGUGAUGGUUGGAUAUUCCUUCGGAUCUAUUCUCGCAAUAGAACUUGCAACGCGAUUGGAAAGUUUAGGUUUUAACGGUCGAAUAGUUCUUAUCGAUGGUGCACCCGAUCAAUUAAUGGUACUAAGUAAAAAGUACAUGAUCUUCUCACAUACAGAAUCAGCAGAUAAUGAUGCAGAAAUACUGGUUCCUGUUCUGAUGAAUGUUCUUCUGAAAACNUAUAACAUUGAAUUAAGUGAAAAGGACUUGAUGGAAUUGCAAAAGUGCAAAAAUGACGAAAAAAGAUUUGAUAUUUUUGCAAAACANUUUUUGGCUCAAAGCUCACUGCUCUCUCUCGCAAAUUUGAGAACACUAUAUAUAACAGUAUAUAAAAACUUACUGAUUCUUCAGAAAUAUGAUUCUUCUGUAUCACGUAGCCUUAAACUGCCUGUAACUUUGCUGAAACCUACUUUUCCUUCCGCGCCCGAAGCCGAAGAAGAUUACGGUUUGCACAAGAUAACCUCUAACGUAAAGAUACAUUAU